AUGGCACAUGGUGAAGUAAUUAAUGUGUCAAAUCCUGCUUUUGAAAACGAAGAAGACGUUAAUGAUGACGAUUUGUCACCUGUAUCAUCAACACUUUUGUCAUCUGUCCAUGAGUAUCAACCUUCACGAAUCUCUGUACAAAAAGGAAUAAAUAAUGAUAUUGAAAAAUCUCUUUCAAACGGUAUAUCAGUUCCGAUUGUACCUAAGAUUGAUAAUUCGAACGAUCAUCGUGAUCAUGCUGAAGAUGACUUAGGUGAUGAUGCUCAAGAAAAACAAAUACAAAUAGAACUUGAUGAUAUCGAUAUAAUAGAACAAGUUCAGCUUGAUAUGAUUGUUCCUCCAGGUGCAGCGGGAAUGAUUCAACAGACAUCCGUUCGUCGCAAGCGAUUGUUUUUUUUUAAAAUGCCUUUCUACCGUAAAUCAAAACAACCGUCUAAGCCUCAAACUCGUCGUUUGAAAUUAUAUGAAAUUUACAAAUUUGCUGAUAUAUGGGAUAUUUUCUUAAUGAUCAUUGGAUCAUUAGCCGCAAUAGCAGUUGGCGCGUGCUAUACGUUGAUACUCUUUCUUUAUCAAAGAGUGACUGAUACUCUUGUUGAUUUCGGCAAACUACAAACAAAUGCGACUAAUUUGUCAUUUCGCUUAUUUUCGUCUUGUAAUAGUUAUAUUAUACCAACUACCACUAAAGCCGAUUCACCUCAUGAAACUAUACUGAGCAUCAUAAAAUAUUAUAUUCUUCUUGGAUUUCUCAGUAUUUUUCUUUAUUGGAUAGCUUGGGCGUGUUGGAUGAUGGCAGCUGAAAGACAAGUUCGACGUAUUCGUUAUGCUCUUUUUCGAAACAUUCUUCGACAAGAAAUUGGUUGGUUUGAUAUGCACAAUGCAGGUGAAUUGAGUAACAGGCUUAUUGAAGACUUAAACAAAAUCAAAGAUGGCAUCAAUGAGAAGGUGCCCGAUUUUAUCUCACUUCUAGCAAGAGUUCUUGGUACACUUGUCUAUGCUCUUGCAACGGGAUGGAAAUUAGCACUUGUAUUUUUAUCUAUUUCUCCUUUAGUAAUUCUUACUUUUAACUUGACUGCUAAAAUAGCAAUAUUCGGUAUGGUACAAUUCAUUCCGAACAUCCAAAAUUUUGCAGAAGCAUUAGCUAGUGAAAGUUAUGUAUUUGAAAUCAUUGAACGAAAGACAAAGAUUGAUGCAUCAAAUGACGAAGGUGAAAAACCACAAAUCAUCACAGGUGACAUCGAAUUUGACAACGUUACUUUCACUUAUCCCGCACGACAAGAAGUCUCUGUUCUCAACAAUCUAUCGAUCAAGAUUCGAUCUGGUACAAUGAUUGCUUUAGUUGGAGCAUCAGGAUGUGGAAAAAGUACAAUAUUACAAUUGAUUCAACGGUUCUACGAUCCGGAUAAUGGUCGAGUUUUACUUGAUGGAAGAGAUAUCAAAACAUUAAAUGUUGCAUGGCUUCGUUCACAAAUUGGAAUAGUUAAUCAAGAGCCCGUUCUUUUUUCUGGAUCGAUUGAAGACAAUAUUCGUUUGGGUAAACCAGAUGCAACAGAUGAUGAAGUACAAGCUGCUGCUAAAAUGGCUAAUGCGCACGGUUUCAUCAUGACACUUCCAGAGAAUUAUAAAACAUCAUCAGGUGAUAAACUCAGUGGUGGUCAAAAGCAACGAGGUAAAGUCAAUGUUCCCAAUUCGAACAGUUUUCCCAGAAUGGCUAUUGCUCGAGCAUUGAUUUCGAACCCAAAGAUUCUUCUUUUAGAUGAAGCAACAAGUGCACUUGAUAAUACAACUGAACGAAUUGUGCAAGAUGCAUUGGAUAAAGCAAAGAGAGGUCGAACAACCAUUGUGAUUGCUCAUCGUUUGAGUACAAUAAUCAAUGCUGAUUUGAUAAUUGAAUUAAAUCAUGGACACAUGGUCCAAUGUGGAACUCAUAAUGAAUUGAUGGAGCGCAAAGAUCUUUACUAUGAAUUAGUCAUAGCUCAAACUCAAAAAGAAAAAGAAACUGACUCAGAUAGUGACAAAGAAGUUGAUGAAGUGGAAAAAGAAUUCGUUCGCCGGAGAUCCGUAAAUCGUAGCUUUGUAAAACAAUCUAAUGCUUCGACUGACGACUUAGACGAUAACAAUAAUGAUGAUGAUAAUGAUGAUGAGACAACAACUGGUGAUCCGUCAAAAGAAAAGAGAAAAAAAAGUUUUCGUAUUCCGUUUGGAUUGAGAAUUUUAAAGCUAAAUGCUUCAAAAUGUCCAUGGAUUCUCUUGGGUGUUAUUUGUUCGCUCAUCUAUGGUACCACUCAGCCGCUUUUUGAACUUUUGUUUGCUGAAAUCUAUGGAUUGUUUACCAAGUCAGACCUUCGUGAACAGGAACGUUUAAUAAGCAUAUAUGCGGCAACUAUUUUUCUUAUCGGUUUAGCUGCAGGAAUGACUCAAUUUCUCAGUAGCGUCAGUUUUGCUAAGUCUGGCGAAGAGCUGACCAUGCACAUGCGAAAGUUGACAUUUUCAGCUAUGCUUCGACAAGAAAUUGGUUAUUUUGACAAUGAAGCGAAUUCAGUUGGUACUCUUCUCACGCGUCUAUCAUCGGAUGCAUCAGCUAUAAAGGUAGCCACAUCUGAGGCAGAGUGUUCACUAAGCGAGUGGGGCAAAAAUUUUAUAGCUGAUGAUGCCUUUUACAAACUUUAUUUGAACAGUAGUUCAGCCGUACAUACUAGAAUAGUUCAACAUCUCAAAUAUUGCUAA